CAACUAAAUCGUCUAUGGGGCCCACAUCAGGUAGAUCUCUUUGCGUCUCCGACACGACAUCAUCUCCCACUAUUUGUCACUUGGAAUUACCAUCCUCAAGCCAUGUGGACGAACGCAUUCAGCAAGUCAUGGAGCCACCUACUAGGAACCUCGACCAGCGACACUGAUCACACCAAACUGGCCGUCAGCCCCAUGGUACCCUCUAGCGUUACAACUGGCACGAUCCACACCUCUACCGUUGGAAGUUCCCAUACACGACACAAGCGAUCAAGAAUCAGCACUCCUUACGAAGAAUCGGAAAUGGACUCUUCUGGCCUGGAACCUUCAGUAAAACGACUCCGUCUUUCCGAAUCCGCGUUAGCUAUCAUCAAUGCGCACUCUUCCAAGAGACCCACUCCUUAUAUACAAAGUACGUUUCUUAACUGGUGUAGUGUACGAGACAUAACCCAUCAAGAACAGCCAAUAUCUUCAGUUAUCAAUUUUUUGGCGGAAUCUCACUCUCUAAAAAAAUGGAAAACAUCAUCUACACUUACUUAUGCAUCACAACUGAUUCAACUCUUUCCACUUCAGGUGCAAAACACUAUUCGAAUGUCGGACGAGUACACACAAUUCUGCAAAGCACUCAAAGCAAACACCAUUAACCCUCUUAGAACCUGGGACUACAACAUCACUCCAGCAUUGGAAUACUUGAUCUCACUCGGCCCUACUUCUUCAUUGUCCAAGGAUCGGUUAACAACUAAAACUGCUUGGUUAUUAGCUAUGGUGGGGUUUCUAAGACCUUCAGACUUGGAACGCGUAGACUUAACACAAUGCUCAAUAUCCCAAGAUAUGAUCCUCAAAUUGGUCAUCGUGGCUCCCAAGGAAAAACGAGCUGGUGCUCGCAUAACCAAAGCAAUUACUAUUCAUCCUCAUGAUAAUCCGUUGCUCUGCCCGGUCUUAGCUUAUCAAACUUAUUGUACCAAGAUUGCUCACCUCGAGGCCAUGACCCCUCACCCAGUUUUUCCAGACGUUACAAUCAACGCACUCUUUAGAAGUCAAAAAGACAAUACUGUUGCUAUUGGUAGCGAACGAAUCUCCAAGCAUGUCCAGUCGAUUAUGACUUAUGUUACUCGCCCUUCGGAUACUCCUCCCCCAAAAGCACGCGCCUUAGCUUCCACAUUGGCAGCACAGUCGGGAAUAUCUGUUGAUGAUAUUGUUGUCCAUGGUAACUGGUCUUCCAAGGAACUAUUUGAACAAUUUUACCGUAUAUCGGUGACCACUUCUACUGAUUUCACAAGACUUACUCUGGAUACACAACAAAGAUCCGAUAGCUCGAAGUGUAAUAUAAUGUAG